CUCUAUAAAAAAGUACCACACUUAAUCUUCAGGACAAAUCACUGAGCAGAGUGUAAAAGAUAAAGUGACACUUACAGAGGAAGGGAUGUGGAUAAUUCUGCACAUUUGCCUCUUGCUGUUAUCUCAGUAUAUCUCUGCAGUGUUGACGAGCAGUUCAGGCUCGUGUCAGAUCUGGAGACGCUUCAAGUUAAACGGGAUGUACCAGGGAGGAGAUUUAAUCAUCGGUGGUCUGUUUGAGGUUCAGUACCUCAAAACAUUCCCAGUGCUGAGCUUCAGAACAGAACCAGAAUUACCACAGUGUGAGAACUUUUAUAUGACAAGCUUUCAGCAGGCACAGACAAUGGUUUUUGCCAUAAAUGAGAUCAAUAAUAAUCCCAAUUUGCUGCCUAACAUCAUGCUUGGAUACCAAAUCUAUGACAACUGUUUGCGGCUUGGAGUGGCAUUACGUGCAGCCACAGCUCUGGUUAGUGGAAAAGAAGAGUCUCUCUCACAUCUCAACUGUACUGGACCACCACCAGUGAUUGGAAUCAUUGGAGAUCCAGGUUCAACUCAUUCUAUUGCCAUCUCCCGUGUAUUUGGACUGUUCCGAGUGCCUAUGGUUAGCUAUUAUGCCACCUGCUCGUGUCUGAGUGACAGAGAAAAGUACCCGUCCUUCUUCAGAACUAUCCCCAGCGAUGCCUUCCAGGUGAGGGCUAUGAUGCAGAUCUUGAGACAUUUUAGAUGGACAUGGGUGGGUCUCCUCUACAGUGAUGAUGAUUAUGGUAAACACGCAGCUCAGUCCUUACAUCAAGAGAUGCAGCUGGUUGGGGGCUGUGUGGCUUUUUCUGAGAUACUACCAACUGAUAACAACCCAAAGGAAAUACAACGUAUAAUGAGUGUUAUUCAGGAUUCCACAGGAAUGGUGGUUGUUGUGUUUUCCACUUCAAGCUAUUUUUUACCCCUUGUUGACGAGAUGCUGUUGAAAAAUGUGACAGGCAGACAAUGGAUUGCUAGUGAGGCCUGGGCAACUUCACCUGUGCUUCUCGCUCCACGGCUGAUGCCUGUUUUGGGGGGGACGCUGGGUAUUGCCAUCCGACGAGGAGAGAUUCAGGGACUCAGUGACUUCCUGCUACGCCUCCGUCCUGACAAUGAUCCAGAAAACAGUAUGGUUAGAAUUUUUUGGGAGAGUAUGUUUGGAUGCAAGAUUAAGAAUGAAGGCAAUGCGGGAGAAAAGCUGUGUACAGGUCAAGAGGAUCUGAGCAGUACAAACACAGCAUACACUGAUGUAUCAGAGCUGAGGGCUUCAUAUAAUGUGUAUAAGGCAGUUUAUGCUCUGGCACAUGCACUUCAUGACCUGAUGCAGUGUGAGGAGGGGAGAGGACCAUUCAGUGAGAAUACAUGUGCUGACAUAACCAACCUGCAGCCCUGGCAGGUAAUACAAGACAGAAUGUUCCUUCAGCCUCCGCGGUCUGUGUGUAGUGAGAGCUGCCCUCCAGGCACCAGACGAGCCAGGAGGAAGGGCCUUCCUGUCUGCUGCUUUGACUGCCUGCCAUGUGCAGAUGGAGAGAUUUCUAACACAACAGAUUCGACUGAGUGCACGGUGUGUCCAGAUGAGUUCUGGUCCAAUCCAGAAAAGGUUCUCUGUGUCCCAAAGGAAGUGGAGUAUCUGUCCUAUGAGGAACCUCUGGGCAUCUCUCUGACCACUGCUUCCCUUAUAGGCACCAGUUUCUGUGCUUUUGUAAUUGUCAUCUUCACUCAUCACAGAAACACACCUAUAGUGCGCGCCAAUAAUUCAGAGCUCAGCUUCCUGCUGCUGCUGUCACUCAAACUGUGUUUUCUGUGUGUGCUGCUGUUUAUUGGUCGUCCACAGUUGUGGACGUGUCAGUUGAGACAUGCUGUGUUUGGCAUUAGUUUUGUUCUGUGCGUCUCCAGCAUUCUGGUCAAGACUAUGGUGGUAAUAGCCGUGUUCAAGUCAUCUCGGCCAGAAGGUAAAAGUGCAAUGAAAUGGUUUGGAGCAGCUCAACAAAGAGGCACAGUCUUGGUCCUCACUGUCCUUCAGGUGGUGAUUUGUGCAGUCUGGCUAUCAAAUGCUUCUCCAACACCCCAUAGAAACAGUCAGUAUAUCAGGUCUAAAAUAGUGUAUGAAUGUGCUAUUGGUUCAGUGGUUGGAUUUGCUGUGCUGCUGGGAUACAUUGGACUGCUGGCAGCUGUAAGCUUCAUGUUAGCUUUCCUGGCAAGAAACCUUCCAGAUAGUUUUAAUGAGGCAAAGUUCAUAACAUUUAGCAUGUUGAUCUUCUGCGCUGUGUGGAUCACAUUUGUUCCAGCAUAUGUCAGCUCACCAGGGAAAUAUGCAGUGGCUGUGGAGAUUUUUGCCAUCCUGGCUUCAAGUUUUGGGUUACUGGUGGCUAUAUUUGCACCAAAGUGCUACAUCAUCAUCUUACAUCCAGAGAGAAACACUAAGAAAGCCAUCAUGGGAAGAGGCACACAAAGCUAA